CCCGUAUCGGUAAGCAGCUCCAGCUAUGCAGCCUACACGAGGACAAAGAGCUGUGGUGGAUUGUGGUGCUAAAUAUAGCUGGGUGCUAGGUACAGAUUAGUGUUGAAUAGUGAAAAGUGAGGGAUCAGUGUGUGGGGAAUAUCAUUCAGCCAGCUCGGCAAUGAUUGAUUUGACAACGUGGGCUCUCCCCCAGACAGCUCACUGGCUUCAAUUGAUGUCUGCCUGCAGGAUGUUUGAUAAGACCUAUCCUCUCCUAGAGAGGUAUCUGGAAGAAGAGCAUAACGAGUGAUUCUACUUUGUGGAUUGGUUGCUGUGCUGAAGGGAUGUGUGGGCUGGAAGUCCUAGGGCACUGCUAGCCCACCUCUGAUCAGAGAGAACGCAGCACUGUGUCCUCAACACACUGCCUGCCUGCCUGCCUGGGGAGACCAGCCACCACAUCCUCACAGCAUUGGAUGCAGCUGGCUCAAAAACAGAGGAAGAAGUGUGACCGGCUGUCUGUGGUGUUGUGAUGAUGAGGGGAUAACGGGGCCGAGCGCUGAGGGCCCUGAGGUGGACUGGCACAGUUGAAGCAGCAGGCCAGGGUUAAGCCAGGGGAGGGGAGGCAGGCGGUGGGUGCCCACCGUCCAAGGACUAGGAGCCACCAUUUCUCGGGUGGUAUUGCCGGCGCGGAGGAGGGGCGCCGUACGGAGGUUGGAGGCUCUCUGGAUGAUGACCAGCCUGUUCCGCCGCCACAGCAACAGCAGUGGUAACCAUGGUGAUGUGGCGCCGCACGAGGAAAGCCCUGCUCCAGGCGAACUCAACAACAGUCGUCCCGGUGGGAGUGGGCGCACGGUGCGGCGUCUGGAGUUCAACCAGGCCAUGGAGGACUUCAGGACCAUGUUCCCCAGCAUGGAACAGGAGGUGAUAGAGUGUGUUCUGCGGGCCAAUCACGGAGCCGUGGACUGCACCAUCGACCAGCUGCUCCAGAUGAGCCUAGACGGACACGGCUCUAACGACAGCUCUGACUCAGAGGACAGCCUUCCUCCUGAGAUCCUGGAGAGGACGUUGGAGCCGGACAGCUCUGACGAGGAGCCCCUGCCGGUCUACUCCCCGCCCUCCUAUGACAUGCACAUCUACGACAGGAAGUACCCAGACGAGGUCCUGCCCACAGCCUCACCACCUCCCAGCUUUGAUGCCAGUCAAACUCCUCCCUGCCAGCCCCCUUCUUGUCCACCCCCCCCUGCCAGUCAAUGGCAGGUUGGCAGUUACAGGAACUGGAACCCACCGUUACUAGGCAACCUCCCUGAUGACUUCCUGCGGAUCCUGCCUCAGCAGCUGGAUAGUCUGCCAUGCUCAUACACCAGCCUAAUGCAGAGUAGUCUGACCCAGCCCUCGUCCUCCUCAUCCCUGUCGUCCAUGACGCAGCAGGUUCAGCCAGGGGCGGGGGCCAGGGCAGGCCAGGUUGGCAUGGAGACGGAGCAGGAGAGGAUGCUGAAGCAGUACUUGGGAGAUGAGCGCAUCGCACUCUUCCUGCAGAACGAGGAGUUUAUGAGGGAGUUGCAGCGCAACCGCGAGUUCCUCAUCGCCCUUGAGAGAGAUCGGCUGCAGUAUGAGUCAAAGACAUCCAAGUCCCAUCAUUCAACAGCUUUCAUGGGGAUGUCCACUCCAGGAGAUAAUUGUGCCUCAGGCUCUGGGGAGGCCUGCACCAAUGUUACAGACGAUGCCUUGUUCCGUGACAAACUCAAGCACAUGGGCAAAUCUACACGGAAGAAGCUUUUUGAAGUCGCUAGAGCUUUCUCUGAAAAGACCAGAAGAAGAAAAACGAAAAGGAGAGCCCUCUUGAAACACCAUUCACUGGGUAAUGCUGCCUCCACUGCCAACCUCUUGGAUGACGAAGAUGCCGGACACCUGAGUGAGAAGGACAACCAACUUAAGAGACCAGGCCCUCAGGAAGAGGAGGUGCCCCAGCAGGAAGUGUUGUCAUGAUUUCUCAUAUUGUUUCUCCUGUGACAAUGGAAGAACAACAUGGUUCACACUACACUUCUGGACCUGAACCAGACCGUCCGAAGUCCCAUGGAAUAUUGUUGCCUUUAGAUGCUCUUCAGGACUGGGAAUUUUUAAGUCGUAAGUCCAACAUGACUGAUUUGGAAGUCAGAGCAAUUCUUCAACCAAUGACAUUUUAGCUAGCAAAAUGAGCUAAUAUUGCUAAUGAUAAAGUUAGCUAGCUUGCUUAGCUAUUAUCCACAUUGAUAAGUUUGACGGCAUCAAAGGUGAGAGGUCAGUGAUGAAACGUCACAACUCUUAAAUUGAGUAUCAUCUCCAUCUCCGACUUUCCCUCUACGAAUUCCAAAUUGGGAGGGUCGUUCAAGUGCUUAUUUCCCAGUCGAAACACUGUAUUUCCCAAUUCCGAGUAGCAUUUGAAGGCAGUCUUUUGAUUUCUUGUUUCAGAAAUCAACAAACUAGCUAGUUAGAUGCUUUUUUGUAUGAUUUAAAUGACAUUUUAAUAUAAAAUAUAUAUUGUUAUUGAUGGUGAAUAUGAAUAAUGUUAUGAUUUUAUUUUAAUGUAUUACUCAUUUUGAAUUAUUCCUGAUAAUUUCUGGGUGAUACAGUGAAAGCUGGAGUUGUAAUUCCGAUACGACUCAGGAGUCUAGUGCAUUUUACUUGCAUAUGAAUGGAUUUGAACAUAUUUAUACUGAACAAAAAUAUAAACGCAACAAUUUCAGAGAUUUUGCUGAGUUACAUUUCAUAUCAGGAAAUCAGUCAGUUGAAGUAAAUAAAUUAGGCCCAAAUCUAUGGAUUUCACAUGGGCAG